AUGGUUGCCAUCAGCUCUCUCCUUCUCGGCAUCUCCGCCAUCGCUGGCUCUGCCAUCGCAGCCCCUACUGCCGACGUCCCUGACUUCGAGCUCAACACUGAGAGCAAGGCUCUCAUUGCCCGCCAGGACUACAACCAGAACUACAAGACCAGCGGCAACGUCCAGUUCAGCCCCACCAACAACGGAUACUCGGUCACCUUCUCCAACGCCGGUGACUUCGUCGUUGGAAAGGGAUGGAAGACCGGUACUACCAGGAAGAUCAAGUUCAAGGGUUCCACCAAGGCCCGGGCCGGCACUGUCCUCGUUUCCGUCUACGGAUGGACCACCAACCCCCUUGUUGAGUACUACAUCCAGGAGUACACCUCCAACGGCUCUGGAUCUGCUCAGGGCCAGAAGAUGGGCUCUGUCACUUGCGAUGGAUCUAGCUACGACAUCUGGAAGCACACCCAGGUUAACCAGCCUUCCAUUGUUGGUACCACCACCUUCACCCAGUACAUCAGCAACCGUGUGAACAAGAGGCCCGGCAGCGGCACCGUCACCACCUCGUGCCACUUCGACGCCUGGGCCAAGCUCGGCAUGAAGCUUGGUACCCACAACUACCAGACUCUCUCCACCGAGGGCUGGGGCAACGCCGGCGGCAAGUCCCAGUACACCGUCUCCGGCUCGUAG